AAUCUCAGCUUCUUGCUUCUCUGCGUCUCCCCUUGCCUUGGUAUAUUCUGUUUCCCAAUUGCUCCAUGGCAAUACCGAAGUUCCUACAUCAACAAAUCCCAAUACCUUUGUCCGGUUUUCGACUGAAAUUUAAGGUAUGGGCAACCACAACGAAGGAUCCAGCUCUGGAUGGCACUCUUGAAACUCGGUUCUGGUGUAGACGGCGGAAGUUCCUGAGACGCCCAGAUGGCUCUGAACACCAAUACCAUGACCUCAUCAGUCCUCCACUCUCUUCUUCCUUAACCUUUCCCACAAGCAUCCUGGCGCAUCCUCUGGAAUGCAAGACCCUUAUCUCAAACGAGUUAGCUAGGGUACUAAUUUUGCGUGAGGAUCUUUACCGCGAACCAUGUCAAUUCUUGGCCUCAAAGAUUGUGAAUUUCGCGAGGGAAUUCAUUGGAAGAGGUCACUCCGAGGUACAUUUGGUGGCCGAAGUUGAACUUCUGGAUAGGGUAAAGUAUGACGAAGGCAUGGUUGGAAGAAUCUAUGGCAACGUGGAUAAUUUCAUAGGCAUGGACAUUAUUGCAGAGUGUUUGGCAUGGUGGAAGACGGUGAAGAGGAUGAAGCAACAGAAGUCUUUCAACCCGAACGAAAUACACUACUGCAUGAAUAAGAACAAGUGCAUUGUGACCUCAAAUUUGAGCCAAUUGAUGAUCAAGUUGCCAUGCGGUCACCUCUUUCAUCGAUCCUGUGCUUAUAGUUUUGUGGUUAAAAAGAAGAUUUGCCCUCUCUGCCACUCCAAGAUCUCUAUGACAAAGGCAACGGACACGACACUUCCGUCCCUAGGAACCACUCUCGAAAUUCGAUUGCGACACAGACAGCAAUUCUGGACCAAAUACCCCAAUGGCUCCGAAUCCCUCGACAACGAUCACUCCUUGUCGCCUCCGUUCUGUUUUCUCAUCCCCAUCCCUGAUGUCAACGUUCUUGCGCUUCCUUUAUCAUGCAAAAUCUUUUUCUUAUCCGCAUUACCCUGCAUGCUCCCUUUCCCUCCCUGCAGUUUUGAAGUACACACGGUGGCGGCGGACUUAGCACGUUUUGCAGUCAGAGAAAUGGUUGAGAGCCAGAGAAGAGGUUCCCGGGGGAUUUCUAUGUUUGUUGACUUUGAAUUUCUGCAGGUUUUUGUGGAUGACUUAUUCCAAAGGGCUGUUGAAAAGACUUGCGAGGGGCUGAAGCGAGAGAAUUCCUUCGUCCCGAAUGGAGGCGCUGAUAUGGGUGUUUGCGCCGUGUGUUUGGAGGAUAUGUCCGGUGGCGCCACCGAACUCAUCGAGAUGCCAUGCCGUCAUUAUUUUCAUCAGUCCUGUAUUCUUGCUUGGUUGGUGAAGACGCUUUCUUGCCCUCUCUGCCGUGCCAGUGUACGGCAAUGUUCGACUGAUGAUGAUGAUGAUGCCUAAUCUUGAUUUUAAUUAAUGCAUUACUUUUAG